AUGAGCACAAUGACAGAAGCCGUUGUACCUCCUGGGCCGGCCUCCGCAGCCAAGAAGAAGUUUGCGACGCCCCCAGUCAAGAUUGCCUGCCUUGCCUGCCGAGCUUCGCGCACUCGAUGCGAUGGCUCAAGUCCAUGUGCCAGUUGUAAAAGCAGGGGGCGCGAAUGCGUCUUCAAACCCAGCAGGAGAGGUGGCGCACGCGUGAGGCGAAAGCCGCGGCCGGCUGAAGAGCUGGCUCAGCAGGUUCAGGUGUUCAAUGGCGAGAUGCCUCCAGACGAGGUCACUCAUCAAGAUCGUGAGUCUUUACGCCUGGGAUCCGCGUCCGGGCAGCUCUUGACUGAGGCUACAGCCAUCUCUGUUCAAAAUUACAUCGACCCUGGCGCGGGCUUGAAGCAGCUGCAGGACUUUUUCCAAGACAGCGACUUCAUCUUCGAUACCCUCUUCAUGUCGGGCGUGCCUGGCAGCACUAGCGGCGAGAGCGCAUCGGAACAUUCAUUCAGCUUCCCAACGCCUCCCAUCCCAGUUGCCAGAACGUAUAAGAGUGACGAGGCCAUACUCGAUGCCUACUAUAUCUUCAUUCACCCCUUCUUCCCCAUUCUUCCUGCUCCUGUACGCUUGCCCAUUGAUCAAGCUGUGCCACACUUCCAGAACGAUACGGACGGCUUCGCAGAUGAAUAUCAGCCGUCGACACCCAUCAGCCUGGCCAUCUCUGCAAUCCUUGCGUUGAUCCCGUACCACAACGACACCAACCACCUCAAUAAAGAGUCAGUGGUCUUCCGGCGGAGGUAUGCACAGUAUCUGGCUCAAUGCGCCAUCGAAAGCAUUGAGAUUGAGUCAGAAAUACCGGAUUCGUCCAUUGAGCCACCCAAGGCGCUCAACGAGUCUCCGGAUGAUUUUACCAGACAACAAUUCCACCCUGGCGUGCCUAUCGAACUGGAGAGCGUCAUCGCUUUGGAUAUUCUCAGUGUUUACGAGUAUGCGCAACGGGGCAAUUUGAAGAAGAUGCAGGUGCGGGCAGGCCAAGCCCUAGUUGCUGCCAUGUCUUUGUCUAUCCACACCUGCACCGAAGACGAUGCAUUCUCAGAAGCGAGGCGAAGGGUUUGGUGGAUGACAUACAUCUGCGUGUGUCAAGGGUCGAUUGUCAGCAACUCAGAACCAACCUUUUCUGUGUUCACCCCAAGCUACACUGCCAAAUACCCCGUAAUACAGUCGGAUCCUGAGGCAUUUGCCGUGUACAUCCAGGCCCAGCAAGCGAUCCUGUCAGCAACCCAAUUUGUCAUCGAGCUCAACAAGACUGUCAAAUCCGGCGGCGACAUGGCACGGAUCUACGCGCGCAUGAAGGAGAUGGAGGCGUAUCUCGAGCCCCUCAACACGAUGGCCGACUCUUGGAUCCUUCAGUCAACGACAACGACGCCACUGGAUCCUACGGAAGAAAUUUUGUCCCGCUCCCUCCGGUGCAUGGCUCGAAUCAAACUCAACAGGCAACUUCACCGAUAUUGCGCUUUCUUUGACAUGCCCGUCUUCUCCGGGAAGUACUGCGAUCUCAAGUCCAAAUCCGACAACGAUGCCAACAUGGAACCACGAAGUUGGCCGUCAUGUUCUUGCAGCUCCAUGAUGAGCUUGCCAUCACCGCCAGUGGCCGUAUCAAACGGAUCGACUACACCACCAGGAAAGAAGUCUCCUCGCUCGAUAAACUCACCCAGUAGCCAAUCGUCAGCCACGUUCCCCUUCAGCAGUCACCAGUCGGCCAAAAUCUGUCUCAAGGCGGCCAUUAACAUCUCACAAUCCUUUGACGACCUGCCGUACCCCAAUCCUUUCGGUCAGCUGUGCCCUCCCCCUUGCUAUCUGGCACCCACGUCGACAAUCGUAUGCCCGAGGACUAUGCCCUCGUUCGCUUGUUGCGCUAUGCAAUGCGCAUACGCGUUGCUUAUGGUCAAUCACAAGACCAAAGCCAUGUACCCGGAGAACGCACUAGCCACGCCAAUGGUGGAAAGCCUCCUGAUGCGCCUGCAGACAGGGUUGGCCUCUAUCUCGGCGACAUUGGAGAAUUAUGCCACGGCGUUUGAAGCACUUGGUGGUAUGCGCGACCAGAUUCGGAGUGUCAUCGAACCCACAAUGAUGUUUAACGGUCCCGUCCAGUAA